ACCUUCAAACUGACGAACUCAAGCAAUUAACCUCUGUCAGGGUAUACAAAUGCGAAAAAUGGAUUUCUGCGCAGGGGCCACAAAACGAUUUCAGAACUUUUGCCUUGGCAAUUGCGAAAUGCCAAAAUGCGAAACACAUUUCGGUUUCAAGUUGCUGCUGAUGGUGAUUGUUGCCGCUGUAAAUGCCACUGCUUUUGCUGCUGCUGGUGAUGUUUUCGAACUUAUCAACACGCCGAUCACCUGCGACAGUUUCCGCUCUGCCUCAGAUACAUGUAGUCACCCAUUGGGACAGGACCUAAUUGCCCCGCACCCAGUUACAUCCACAGCUAGUCGAGUUCCAUUCCCACAACCACCGAACCACCGAACCAUCGAACCCUCUCAACCAAACCCAAAACCCCCGCUCAAGGUGAGCAGUGUAAAAACUUCCUGUGCACUCAUUUAG